CUCUGACAGCGCCGCUCCCGGGGGCUUCGAGUUUUGGCUCCCGGGAAAGGGUCCAUUCCUCGGGGAGAGAGGGCUGAGUUUUGUGCGCCUCCGUCCGCUGCGCGCGCCGCUCCAGGCCCCGCCGCGCCCCGCCUGCGCCCGGGACUGCGCCGAGGCACUCACUGCCCCGUUUAUUUGUCUUUGGAGCAGGCGGGCCGCGCCAGAAGCGGGCGAUCCCGCAGUGUCCUGCAGCCGCGGACGCCGCCUGGCUAGGAUGACACCACGUUGAGCGCGCCUGCAAACAACAACAACAACAACGCCGCCGCGGCUACCGGUCCUGCUCCGCCGAAGCGCCGCGCCGCCGCAGCCGGUGUCGCCAUCUCCGCGCCCCCGGCUGCCCGGAGCGCCCGGCCGCUGGUGUAUGUCGCGCCUGCCCGGGACGGGCUGAAGCCGGCGGCGGGCCGGACCGCAGGCUCCGAGCAGGGCGAGGAAGCGCUUUCGGCCGGGAGCUGCGGCCGCCGCCAGCAGUUUUCAUGUUUGGGAUUCAGGAGAAUAUUCCGCGCGGGGGGACGACCAUGAAGGAGGAGCCGCUGGGCAGCGGCAUGAACCCGGUGCGCUCCUGGAUGCACACGGCGGGUGUGGUGGACGCCAACACGGCAGCCCAGAGUGGCGUGGGGCUGGCGCGGGCACACUUCGAGAAGCAGCCACCUUCCAACCUCCGGAAAUCCAAUUUCUUCCACUUCGUGCUGGCGCUCUACGACAGGCAGGGGCAGCCGGUGGAGAUUGAAAGGACCGCUUUUGUGGACUUUGUGGAGAAAGAGAAAGAGCCAAACAACGAGAAAACCAACAACGGCAUCCAUUAUAAGCUCCAGCUACUGUACAGUAACGGAGUCAGAACAGAGCAGGAUCUGUAUGUUCGCCUCAUAGAUUCAAUGACCAAACAGGCCAUCGUCUACGAGGGCCAGGACAAGAACCCGGAGAUGUGCCGCGUGCUGCUGACCCACGAGAUCAUGUGCAGCCGUUGCUGUGACAAGAAAAGUUGUGGCAAUAGAAACGAAACGCCCUCAGACCCUGUAAUCAUUGACAGAUUCUUCCUAAAGUUUUUCCUCAAGUGCAAUCAAAACUGUUUGAAGAAUGCAGGCAACCCUCGGGAUAUGCGAAGGUUCCAGGUUGUUGUAUCGACAACAGUCAAUGUGGACGGCCACGUGCUGGCUGUGUCGGACAACAUGUUUGUGCACAACAAUUCCAAACACGGGAGGCGGGCCCGCCGCCUAGACCCGUCAGAAGGUACGGCCCCUUCUUAUCUGGAAAAUGCCACUCCAUGCAUCAAGGCCAUCAGUCCCAGUGAAGGCUGGACCACGGGGGGCGCCACUGUCAUCAUAAUCGGAGACAACUUCUUCGAUGGUCUACAAGUUGUGUUUGGAACCAUGUUGGUGUGGAGUGAGCUGAUAACUCCCCACGCCAUCCGAGUACAGACCCCGCCACGGCACAUCCCUGGAGUUGUUGAAGUCACCCUUUCGUACAAGUCCAAGCAGUUCUGCAAAGGCGCUCCUGGGCGCUUCGUCUACACCGCCCUUAACGAACCAACCAUAGAUUACGGCUUCCAGAGGUUGCAGAAAGUGAUCCCCAGACAUCCGGGUGAUCCAGAAAGGUUACCCAAGGAAGUAUUACUCAAGAGGGCAGCUGAUCUGGUGGAAGCCUUGUACGGAAUGCCUCACAACAACCAGGAGAUCAUCCUGAAGCGAGCAGCUGACAUUGCUGAGGCAUUGUACAGUGUCCCCCGCAAUCACAACCAGAUACCCACCCUCGGCAACACUCCAGCACACACUGGCAUGAUGGGCGUGAACUCCUUCAGCAGCCAGCUAGCCGUCAAUGUGUCAGAGACAUCGCAAGCCAAUGACCAAGUCGGCUACAGUCGCAAUACAAGCAGCGUGUCCCCGCGAGGAUACGUCCCCAGCAGUACUCCCCAGCAGUCCAAUUACAACACAGUCAGCACUAGCAUGAAUGGAUAUGGAAGUGGCGCCAUGGCCAAUCUAGGGGUCCCUGGCUCGCCUGGAUUUCUUAAUGGCUCCUCCGCUAACUCUCCCUACGGCAUAGUGCCGUCCAGCCCCACCAUGGCAGCCUCUUCGGUCACCCUCCCUUCAAACUGUAGCAGCACACACGGCAUUUUCUCAUUCUCACCUGCCAAUGUCAUCUCCGCAGUGAAACAGAAGAGCGCCUUCGCGCCUGUGGUCCGGCCUCAAGCCUCGCCUCCUCCUUCCUGCACCAGCGCCAAUGGGAACGGACUGCAAGGCUCUCUGCUGGGUGCUGAGGACGUAGCCGUGGAGAAGACAAACUGGCCCUUUUGUGAAGUCGGUGGCAUAUUUCACUUUGAUGAACUAAUGCUCAAAAAAGGAACUGGAAAGCUAUGUCUGGGCUGGUAGUCCCACCCAUGUGAGGGACUCUUGUCUACCUUCUGCAGCACCCAGCACCAAGGCCGGACUUCAGGGGACACAUGUAGUGUGUUAGGACGCGCUGAUGGAAACGAUAUCUUCCACAGUAUCAGCAGCAGUUGAGAUGCUACAAAGACUUUGUCUAAAGAUUUUAUUUAAACUAUUAAGAAUCAACAUGCAAACAGCCCACUCCUUCAUGAACAAUUCCAUUUUAUUGACUGAACUUUUCUCAUAUUUUCACAUUUCUCAGUCCUGAAGAUUAAGGAAAACAAAGCAACGCCUAUUUUGUAUAAAGUUUCUGACUCCGUCUUGGCUGUCUAGUACGUGCUAUCUGUGUGGGGAGAAACUUCGUGAAUGCACCAUUUUGAUGACCAUGAAACACUGAGGAAAAAUGCCUCCCAACAUUUUUCUGUACUCAUACUUAGAUUCACAAUGGUUGUGUAUCUCUAUAAUGUGAAAUAUUUUUUUGUGGUGAAAAAAGGGGGCCAAGGAGGUAUGAGCCAUCAAACUGGAACAAAGGAUGACUAUAUGGUUAGGAGAAUUUGGGGUGGCAGGGAGGGAGGGAGGGUUUAUCAUUGCUUAACUUCAUCUUAAUGAAACGAAACUUUGUAACUUAUUGUAGUUAGAAAUUGUAACUUUGAUAUUGAAUUCUCUUGCCUUCAACAAGCACACUGACAGAGAAAAAAAUGCUACUGUCUGUUGGUUCCAAUAUUCUCCCACUGCUAGAGCUUCCUGUUAAGCAAGUGCGACCUGCAACAUUUUUUCAACUUUUGCUAGCACUGUAUACUAUUGCAUUCUUAGGCUACUGUGAGGUCUAUGUUUCUUGUACCAGAAAUUGUCCUUUUGACUUCUAGAUCCUUCUUCCCUAAUGUGUUUUGUAUGUGGUUAUAAAAUUGUAGACUUUUGUGAUUUUGCCAAAGUUGUAGCUAAAUAUUUAUACACUUGUCUUGAAUUUUUUUCAGAUCCACUUAAAUAUUUAGAAAAACAAGUUUUAUUCCUUAUGUGUCAAUAAGGGGUAAAACGGUCUUCAUACAACACUUACUUUCCCAUGAACACUUGCAGUUGCUAAGGGACUUUAUUUUGUAACAUAUCAAUUAUAAAUAUUGUAUUUAUCUUUGGAAUUUUGUACAUUGCUUUUCCUGCCUUUUUCUUUUUCUUGUCUGUAUUGGUUUUUGAUCAUGGCCCGGUGUUGUGACACAGGGAAGAACAUAAGCCAAGAACUGUCUCUUUAAUCUGUUCCAUUAAAAUGAACCAAUGUUCUUACAUUUCACUUGUACUUCAGACAUUUGCUAUUGUUCAGCCUUCCAUCCUUUUUUUUUAUUAUUUUGAAGAAAAGUCAAAUUCAUUGUUUAUUUUUGUAUUAUUUUUAAGUUAUCUGAACAAAUACUUUUGAAAAAAAAAAAAGUUUGUUGUAUAGUCAAAACAAAACGGUGCCACCCAGCCAGCCGCGACCAAUCUUAGAUUCUGUGCAUGUGGAGUGGCCGCAGAGGCGACACCGUCUGGGGCUGUGUCCUUAUUUUAUUUUUUGUAGACUGUAAAAAAGUCAUUUUAGCUGCCACCCAUGACUUUGCCACAUAGCUGAACUGUGUUUACUGGAAAAAUUCAGAGGCCUAAAAUUUAAAAUGAAAUCUACUCUGAUGUUUUAAUUAAAAUGUUUGCCACAUUAACUUCUCUGAUGCCUUAAAAGUGGACUUCUUUAAAGAACUUCUGUGCUGUUUUAUCACAGGCUUACACCACAAUUGUUAAUAUUUCUUUUGGAGAUUUACAACGUACAAUGCACACACAGACACAAACACAAAAGCACAAACCUCCUGUCUGUAGGUCGCUCCUUUCUGGGUCUGUCUCUGCUGCCUCCCACAUCCUCCCCAGCCCACCUUGGUUCAGAGAGAUUUCAGGGGCAACCAAAAUCACUGCUGGGUUUUCAUGUUUUUCUUUUUUAAACAGCACAGUUAUGUGAUCAGAUCCCACAGUACUGUCUCACAUUUUCUAAACUGGAAUGACCUCCUUCAGACACGGUGCCUAUUUGUGCCAACCCACAUCGAGACCAAAAGGCUCCGGCCUUCCCCCCCGCAACCUUGCACUAAAUGCUUUGCAGGUAUAGCAGCACAGCAAGCAUUUUGCAAAUUGCAGCAGAAAUCAAAUUUAAAACAAAGAGGAGGGACUUUAAAAUACUUUGAUGAAAAUAAACAACAAUGCACAACAUAGAGUGUUCAUUCAGUGGACUCAAUAAAAUAAACAAAGGGAAUAUCCCCAGCGGUCAGCAGGUUACACUCUGGCUUUGUGACAGCUGACAAGGCUUAGCUACGUGGAAAAGCCUGAGAAGUCACUUUGGAACUAAAUUGCCUCCGUUUCAUUUCGUGUAAGUAAGGGUUUGAUCUGAAAAAGAGCUCACGUGCACAUGUCGAGAACGUCUGCAAGUGUCCUCGUGCCGCACUGGGUUUGUUCUAGGUUGAUUAGUUGAUGCCCUCAUCGCUUCAUUGUCUCCAAAUUGAGCGCUUCACUAAAUGGUAGAUUUUGCUGUCAAAGAUCCUACAAUAAGAUUGUUUUAUCUGUACAUUUUUUCAGAUAUUUAACUGUAUAAAAAUGUUCAUUUUACACAAUAUUUAAUUAAAGUAUUUCUUGUCUGUGAA